AUGACGUUCUACGGUAAGAAAUCGCACACCUACCGGCGGCAGUUACGGGAGGAGGUGUCGCUACACUCCACGGGCGACGUUAUCAUCAGGCUUUUCGGAGAGGGCGUAGAGGUUCCGUCGCAGCCACUCCCCCAGUUGGGUGAGUUUGGUGCCCUGGUGUUUCCGAAGGAAGAUGAAGUCCGGACCGACCUGGCAAGGCAGUCCGGCAUGAUAACCCGGGUGGAGCUUGGGGCUUACGUGGUGUGUGCGGCAGUGACAAGCCUGGCACGUGCGUGUGGGAUAUCGGAUGAGCAGCUGCUAAGCGGUGCAGCACAUGAGCUCCAGACCCAUGGGACUCCUCUACUGACGUCCUCUGUGUUAAAGAACAGGGUGGAUCACGCGGCAUCGAUGAAGAUGCUCGCCAGCUCCAUCCAUGCAACACCAUGCCCGCUGCCAGUGCCAUCGUCAGCUGGAGGUAAUGACGAUGUUACCUCUUCUGGUCAAAGGCCCGGGUCACCACCUGAAGCAGUGCCCACGAAGGAGGAACUUGAGAAUCCCACGGCUCCAGUGACACCCGAAGCACCAGAUCGGUAUGCAUUCCGUGUACGGCAAUCGUCCGGCUUCAAGCCGGUGGACUGUGGUGAGUUGGUGUCCACGUGGCCGAAGUGGGGGGUGAAGAUGGUGUGCGGGCGCAGUACGGGACAACAGAUCAGGCUUGGUGCGUACAACGUGGAGGACGAUGCGGCAUAUGCCUAUGCUGCGGCUGCGUACGUGAUCCGGCGCAAAGAUCACAUCCAGCACAUGAAGGUGCUGACUGAGGCAGAGAUGGCAGCUCUGGAUGGGUGUGUCAGGUCGGAUGUUAGGCACCUUGUGAAGGUCCGCAUGUGGUGGAGGUGGCGCCGGUGGAGGACAGCUAUGGCAGAAGUGGGCAUUCCACCUGGUACGCCCUUCCCUCUCGAAAAUGGAGGUUCCCGCUCGCCUGCUAACAGCAACGUUGAUGACGAAGGGGAGUACCCGCUGACACAGAUAGAGGAAGCCGUUGACGAGGAGAUGCAGGAGCCAGAACUGGCGUAG